AUUCAAUCCAAUAUGAAAGGAUAUGGAUUAGCCACUUGGCUAAAGAAAGAAGAGUAUAAGAACUACUUUGUCUCUGCUUCCUGCGUUGGUGGUCAAGAAGCAUCAAGUAUUAGACUCAACACCCUCAAUACACAAGAGAGAAACCAAAUUGAUGUUGUAGCAAGAGCAAGAACUACAAAUCUUUGCAAAAGCCUAAGUGUUGGAAACUAUUCAGGCAAUAUGGGACUAGCUGCUGGAGGUAUGGAUGAUGGAUCCAUCAUGAUCUGGGAUAUUGAUACUUUGUAUAAAGAAGGAGAUACUUUUAAUGACAAUGUACAAAGCCCAUCACUCAUAUCUAACCAACUCGUACAUGAAGGAUCUGUCAACGCUAUUGAGUUCAACCCUAACAUUCCAAACUUGAUUGCAUCAGGAGGAGCUGAAGUGUUUAUUCAAGACAUCCAGCAUAGUCUAGAAGAGCCAAAUGUAUUCACUCCAGGAGAGCCCAACUACCAUGAAGGAGAGACUAUCACCGCUAUUAGUUGGAACAAAGUUGUACCAUAUAUCUUAGCCUCAGCUGGAAACACAGGGCAAAUUGUAGUCUGGGACUUAAAGAAUACCAAGGCUAUUUUCAACCUUAAGGACCCCAAUCUAGUGUCAUAUAACUAUGAUAUGUUCUCUGAAGGAAAAACUGAGCAAAUUACUGCUAAUUAUCAAAUAAUUUGGAGUCUGAAAGUUCCCACACAAUUUCUGAUUAGUAAUGACAAUGAAACUAUGACAAUGUGGGAUCUCAGAAAAGCUGACACUCCUCUAUUAAGCUUAUCAGAUAUUCAUAGUGGAGGUAUUCUCAGUUGCUCUUGGUGCCCUCAGGAUCAGAACAUCAUUGCUUCCUCUUCGAAUGAAGGCAAGACUUGCUUCGUUCACUCAGACACAGGAGAUCUCAUUUCUGAAAUCAGGAAUGGAAAGAAGUAUCAAAAUAUUGAAUGGUCUCCUUAUAACAGAGGUCUGAUCCUAGGUUACAGUACUGAAGACGAGACUGACAUUUUCAACUUCAGUUCAGCAACCACUCCAAAAGAAGAAUCAACUGAUUCCAGCUAUGCUCCAAAGUGGCUGUCAAGACCAAUCGGUGCAAGAUUCGGAUUUGGUGGAAAGCUUGUAACCUUCAGUCAAAGUUCUGAAGAACCAAUCAAGUUGUAUCAGACCCAGACAGCUCCAGAAGUAAAUACCAGACUACUCGAACUCGAAGAAACAAAGACUCAAGAUGAUGCUGUCUCAAUAAUCGACACUUAUAUUGAGAACAAUGGGAAGAGCGAAAUUGAGAAGAUGGAAUGGAUCACACUCAGAUCUUUGGCUAACCAGAACUAUGACUCCCUCUUCUCUUUACUUGAGAUAGACAAAGAUGCUGUCUACAAUGAAGCUGAGAGAUUUAGUGGUAAAAAGAAAAACAAGAGAGCCCAUAAGCCAGAUUCUAAUAGAAAAAUAUCCAAAGGAGGUCUAGAAGACCUUGAUGCAACUCAGGCUAACUCCUUCUUUGAAAGUUUAUCCAAGACAAGUGACCAAAGAAAGGAAGAAGAAGAGAAGAAGACUGACGCAAAGCCUGGUACAAAGAUGACUCAAGAGACCAUCUCAAGAAACUCUAAUUGGAAUGAAGGAGCUGAAGGAAUCAUCAAAAGAAACCUCAUGGUCGGAAACUUGGAAGGAGCUGCUGAAUGUGCUCUUAAAUGUGGAAGGGCCACUGAAGCUCUUCUGAUAGCUCUUUCCUCAGACAACGAAGAAAUAUUUGAGCAAAUAAAAGAAGAAUAUUUCUCAUCAUCUAAAGAUGAGUUUAUUAAGACUGUUAUAAAAGGUAUCAGCAAUAAUGAAGUAGAAGGUCUCAUAGCCAAUCUUUCACAAUCAAAUUGGAAAGAGGCGCUUGCAUACACCCUAAGUUACAGCGAAGAGAGAAAGAUCCAUGAAUAUGUUGAAGAGAUUGCAGAAGUUGUACUCAAAAAGAGAGAUGUCAAUUCAGCUAUUAUUUGCUACAUGGUUUCUAAGAACAUUGACCAACUCUCAGAUUUAUGGAAAGUGAGAGCUGAUUCGAUCAUCAAGAAGAACCCUCAAUACAAGUAUACAGUUUAUUCAAACUAUGCAGAGAAGAUCACACUUUUCAGACAAAUCACAGGAAUCCAAAAGGCCACUAAAGAUUGUGAUGAAGUAAUUGCAGAGCUAGCAGAUAUACUUGUUAACGAAGGCUUGCCAGAUAUUGCACUAAAAUAUCUUACCCAAAAUUACUGUAAAUCCGAAGAGUGUGAAAAGAUCAGAGAAAGAAUUUACUACAGCAAACAUUCCCAGUUAGCCAGCCAAUUUGAAGGCCCGAGGUAUAGACAUAACGUUCAUGAACUUCCUAAAAUCAAGCCAAAUAUUCAACAAAGAGAUAGAAGAGGUCCAAUCAAUAAUAGAGGAAGAGGAGGAUUUAGAAAAGAUGCCAGACCAUUUGAUACUCACAAUCCUGCAGGACCGACAACUUUCAAUCCAUCCCAAACUCAAUUUGAAAAAGGACCUCAACCUCCAAAGAAGAAUACCAGAGGUCCUGGAUUUAUCCAAACAGAGAAAGGUUCAAGUAACUUUGGAUACUCUAAGACAGAUCCUAUCCUUGCUUCUUCUGAAGAUUCAAAGGUGGCUGCUUCUCCAAAGCAAAAUCCAACAAGAAAACCAAAAGUACAGCCUAUGCCAACAGCAAAUACACAUAUAUUUGAUCCUUCUAAAGCUCCUGACCACCCGCCUCCUCCAGUGCCAACUGGAAGACACAAUCCACAUCCAACACCAGUUGAAAAUCCUAGAGUAGGAGGCCCUCCUCCUCCAAAGGCUGGUGUCACUCCUCCAGCACCUAUUGGAUUACAGACACCAUCUCAGUCUCUCGGAGCUUUCCCUCCAGCUUUUGGUGGGCCUCCAACUAGAGAGCAAGAACCUGUAAUUGCAGCAACAAAGGUGAAGCCUCCAACAGCUUCUAUGAAGCCGAAGGCAGCAAGACCUAUUCAAAGAUAUGCUCCUCCACCUCGUUUGGAGGGAUCUGAACCUGCAUCUCAGCCCCCAAUCUCUUCUGCUCCUCAAGAGAACAAUCCUCCACCUUUCGGAGCAGGAGCUCCUCCUCCAGUAAGGGGUGCACCUCCAGCAAGAGGAAGAGGUGCUCCUCCUAUGAGGGGAGCUCCUCCAACCAGAGGAGCUCCACCAAUGAGAGGAGCUCCUCCAGCAAGAGGUGGACCUCCAAUGGGAAGAGGAGGCAUGCAAGCUCCUCCUCCAUCACAGAGCCAAUCUGACGGAGGAAGACCUUCUAUGAGAGGUGGAAUGGGAGGAGCUCCUCCGCCCCCGAAAAUUGGUAGAAGAGGUCAAUAAUUAGAAUAAUUAUUCAAGCAUGUUUUAUGCAA